UUAUUUGCGACAUUUUUUAUUUUUUUUAUUAAUUAAAUUAAUUUAGAUAGCUUAAUUAUAAGUAGAUUUAAAUUUACAGUAGUUUAUUACUUAAUUAUUAUUAAUUAAUAGGAUUAGAAUUUUAAUUAUUAACAAUUUAAUUGUACCUUUGGGAUAAAAACGACGCCAACAGAAGAUAUUGAAUUCAACUCGGAAGAUGGCACAGCAAAAUCACAGAUUCCAGUUCAACGCCAUCUUCCAAACCUUCGCUGGAGCCUAUCGUGAGGUUCAGAAUGCCCCGCCGGAACAACAGAAAACGUUUUCAAUUUCGGAGCCGUCGUCUCCCCAAAAGCAUAACCGAGUAAUUACUUUGAGCCAAAAUUGGCAAAUCAAAGUAAAUAAAUAUUCGGAAAGUCCUGAUGACACGCUCAGUCAUAUCAGGCGCUAUAUUUGCCGUAAGAGAAAUUUAGAAGAAGAAGAACAACAACAACAACAGCAGCAGCACGAGCAAGAGCCACAGCAACAGCAACAACAAAUUAAACCAUGCUGUGUCAUCGUAUAUGGAAUCAGCGGAUCCGGCAAAUCGACAACCCUUUUCGGCGACGAAGCGACGAACAUCAAAGGAUUCAUUCCAAGCUGGUUUCCGGAUGCCAGCGAAGAGGAUAUCGCUUUCCGUGCCGCAGAAUUUUCAUUGGAAAAGGGAGUUCGUGAUUUAGUUCAUUCAUCGACCCCUACUAUUAAAUUAUCUUCGAGUACCUCGUGGGAUACUUUCAAGACCAAGAACGUCGUUGCUGGCUUGAAAGAUACUUUGAAGAAGAGAAUCGUAUGUGGAACCAAGUUCAACAAGUUCUCUUCGAGAAGUAUCUUGGUUGUCCAAUUGAUUAAUUCAAGAACGGCAGAAACAGCCUUUUUCAUUGAUUUGCCGGGGACAGAAGACCUCAAAAAAUUGGCCCCAGAAGGAUGUGAUGCUGCAACAACACGCUUGUUGGCAGAUCAAUCCAAAUUUAUCAAGGAGCGGCUAUUUGAGCUGACCAAUGGAUUCAGGAAACAAUCCACUGUUUUCACUGACCAUGUAUUUUGGUUGCUCAUCCGAAGAACUCUUCAAGAGAAGGCGGUACGAAGACUUUUCUGGGUUUCGUGUGCGAAGAAGCCACUAACCCAUGAGAACUGCUUCCCAGCAGUUUACGUUUUGUCGACGAUACCGAUCUGCCAAGGCAGUCAAAAUCUCCAAGGGAACUUUAUCCGACCGAACAGUUCCCGACAACGAGUGGAAGGGCAAGGAAAUACGCCAGUUGCAAGAAGUGCAACCACUCUUCAAGUUCCCGUUCGACAGAGAAAAAUGACUCAAUCGGACAGAUUGCUUCGUGAGAAUGAAGAAAAAUUAACUCGUGAGAAAGAAGAGCUUGCUAUUGAAAAACGAAAAAUAGCUCAGAAAGAGCAAGAACUAGCUCAAAAAGAGCAAGAACGAAAAAUAGCUCAGAAAGAGCAAGAACGAAAAAUAGCUCAGAAAGAGCAAGAACUAGCUCAGGAAGAGCAAGAACGAAAAAUAGCUCAGAAAGAGCUUGCUAUUGAAAAACGAAAAAUAGCUCAGAAAGAGCAAGAACUAGCUCAGGAAGAGCAAGAACGAAAAAUAGCUCAGAAAGAGCAAGAACGAAAAAUAGCUCAGAAAGAGCAAGAACUAGCUCAGAAAGAGCAACAACUAGCUCAGGAAGAGCAAGAACGAAAAAUAGCUCAGAAAGAGCUUGCUAUUGAAAAACGAAAAAUAGCUCAGAAAGAGCAAGAACUAGCUCAGAAAGAGCAAGAGUUAGCUCGACAACUAGAGGAAAGAGCUCGAAUCACACCUCCUAGAGUUCAACCGCCAGUAAUCGAUUUAACGACUCCACCUGUUGUUAUAAAAGAAGAGAAGGAAGACAGUCCGGACACAGAGGCCGAAGCAUCAAGGAUUUCAAUUCCUGUGCCAACAGUUGAUCACGAAAGAAGUGACGACGAAGAGUCAGAUGACGAAGGAAGUCACGAGGACAUUGACGCUGAAGACACUCUAAUCGAGAUGAGUGGAGACGAACGAGAUGAUAGCCAGCCGCAUGACGAUGGAGAGAAUAACCCCGAAGAGAGUGUCAAUGAAGACGAUAAUCCUCAAAGAGAUGACGACGAAGAGGAUGACAAUGAAGAGGAUGACAAUGAAGAGGAUGACGAUGAAGAGGAUGACGAUGAAGAGGAUGACGAUGAAGAGGAUGACGAUGAAGAGGAUGACGAUGAGGAUGACAGUGAAGAGAGUGACGAUGCAAAUGUUGGCAACCCAAGGGAUCCAACACCACCUCAUCCUGCCCGACGUUACAGAUUAAGGGGACAGGCAGAUGCAGACGCUUCUCCUUUUGUUCGAUUGCCGACUCCACGUAGGCGAAGAAUAAAUCAAAGUCUCACACCAGAACAGAGAAAGAUUGAUUUAUUCAGAAGAACACACUUGGACAGUGUGCAAUCUGGAAAAAUUUGGAUUUACUGCAAGCCCUAUGAUGUGAGCAAUCCAGAAAGAUUCAAAAACACUAACUGGGAAGAAUUGAUUGAACCGAUAGAAAAUAGUCGUCACGCGCGCUGCAAAAGAUGUGAGAAGGUGUUUUCACCGGCAUUCAUCGUUAAUCAUGUAUGGGGCAAACAUCUUAGAGGAAAAUUACUCUGUCCAGUUUGUAACAGAGGGAAUUUCAAAUAUCUCUCUCGGGUUUUAGAACAUCAAAAACGUGAUAACUGUUGGCCGGAAUAAUCAUCAUGGAGGGAAUCAACAACAAGGAUCAUCUUCAAAA